AUGCGGAGGAUGCCCUCUGUCUUGGAACACAUGCGCAUCAAUUUUAUUGGUCUCCCCAUCGAAUCUGGAAAGCUAGAUAUUCACCUUCUACUUAGUAUAAUUGAGAAGGACUAUGGGUGUUCUUCAACUCAGUUCUCUCAAUCUUCAUGGGUACUGGCAUCGCUGCAAUUUCUCUCAAUGGCUCUCUAUUUUCUCUCAUUUGUUCAGUGCAUUGGGUUCACUGACAAGGAGUCCAUUCAUCUGACUUACCAAAAAGGCUAUACAACCUUUCAAUCGUUGAACCAAGCUAUUCAGUCCCCCUAUCUUGUAGGCUUAUCAGUUUCCUUGUCUUAUUAG